UUGUAUUUACAUAAAAAAUCCAUUGUAUUAAUACGCUUAAAAGGUGUUAAAAAGAAUUGUUUAUUUAUAUAAAUCUUACAUGUGUUUCAGGUAACCGGCCUUACAGUUUGUUUAAUUAUUGGUAACAUAAUACUUUUUUACUGGCAGAGGUAAUAAGAUUUGGAAGUAAUUUGUUGUGAGUUUAUCAAAAAACAAAUUUAAACAGGCAAUAUGGGUUCUGGACAAAGUACUCGUAAACUUACUAUCAAUAACGAAGAAAUAGAUGUAAUAGAAAUAUCGCAAUCCGUUGUGGAGCGUUUAACUCAAAAAGUGCCUGAAACAAAUAUUAACGUGGCAAGUGAAGUAAGAUCUACUACUUUAGCGGAGCCGUCUUCUAAAAAAACUGUUUCUCAACAAUUACAUCAAAGUGGUGAUAUACUAGCGAAUGCUGGAUAUCCCACAUAUCAUCCACAAUUAACUUUAACCGCUCUUCAAAUACAGCAACAGAAUGAACAAGAAUUUCGUAAACAGGAUAAUUAUUGGCAACAACGAUUGCAGAAAUUGGAACAGAAACAUUCAGAAAUUAAUGAAAUCAUUAACGCAGAAUAUAAAAAAGCAGCGGAACAAUUAUAUAUUGAUGGUAAAAAAGGGGUAAAUAUUCAUGAUACUGUCCAACCAUGCAAAAAUAGUUCUGAGAAAGUGUUCAAAUGUUACCAGGAUCAUCCUAAAGAAAUUCUGAAGUGUUCUACCUUAGUCGAAGAGUUUUCUAAUUGCGUAGAUCAGCGUCGUGCACGUGUGAUUGCAGCACGUUGUUAAUAUAUCUUAAUAUCGAAUUAUUAGUAGCCAAACGUAAUGUUAUUUAAUAAAAAAAUUUCAAAAAAUAAAUU